CGCAGAGAUUAAAAGUGAGUCUGAGAUUCGGCCGCAGCUGCGCCUGGGUGCCUGUGUGUGCGCGCGCGCCGACCCCGAGAGGGGUCUUGGGCUGGAGGCGGGGUGGCGGGUAGGGGGCACGCCGACUCCGCCUCGCGUCCUAGAACAUUCCCUGCAGCGCAGCUGCCCCAUUGGCUGGGGUCCCGAGAGUCAGAAGCGAGGGGCACCCUGGGCGGAACCACAAGCACAGCUGAACCAGUGACCUGCUGAUAUCGGCCUGCCCUUCCAGCAGGAGACGCCGCCUUCGUGGAUGUUGGGUAUUGAUUUCCAGAAGUCCUCCAAAGGGAAAUGGCCAACGCCACCAUUCGACCCGCGCUUCCCCAACCAGAAUCAGACCCGUAACUGCUACCAGAACUUCCUGGACUACCAUCGCUGCGUCAAGAGCAUGAACCUCCGCGGGAAGAGUACACAGCCCUGCGAGUAUUAUUUCCGCGUGUUCCACUCGCUGUGCCCCAUAAGCUGGGUGCAGCGCUGGAACCAGCAGAUCAUGGACGGGACUUUCGCUGGCAAAAUCUGACGGCCCGAGCGCGGCUCUCCGAGAGAUCAGUCCCAGUGACUGCCCCCAAAGGGGCCCCGCCACCCCAAACCCCCUCCCGUCCAUCUCUAAGCCAUAAAUAAAGCUGUGUUAUUGUUGAUGUU